AUGGCCAAAGGGGCCGAUGGUAAUACUGAGCCGAACGGAAGACAUAUUCUUGCCAUUGUGUUGAUUGUGUUACCCUGGACCCUGCUCAUCACUGUUUGGCACCAAAACACUUUUGCUCCACUCCCUGCCAGCCAAAAGGGUACGCACCACUUAGUAAAAGAGAUUUUUAUCAUUCCAGACAGCCUUGCAGUUCGCCACCACCAGCUCUCAGGCGGCCAAGCGCAGGACUCCCAGGAAUACUGUGCCACAGCUAAGGACAUUGUGGAGGUGGUGAAGACAAAAUAUGUGUACACACGACCUCCGCCCUGGUCCAAUGUGUUGCCCACAAUCUACAUCAUCACGCCCACAUAUAGCCGGCCCAUUCAGAAGGCUGAGCUGACACGGCUAGCAAACACCUUCCUCCAUGUCCCCAACCUGCACUGGAUCUUGGUGGAAGAUUCCCAAAGAAAAACGCCUCUUGUUACACGACUCCUCCGAGAAACGGGGCUAAACUACACCCACCUCAAUGUAGAGACACCCAGGAACUAUAAGCUGCGAAGUGCCAUUGGGGGUCUCAAGCCUCCAAGAGGGACUAUGCAGCGGAAUCUGGCCUUGCGGUGGUUGAGGGAGACAUUCAACACCAACAACAGCCAGCCUGGAAUCGUCUACUUUGCUGACGAUGAUAACACAUACAGCCUGGAGCUGUUUGAGGAGAUGAGAUCGACUCAGAAGGUUUCUGUGUGGCCUGUGGCCUUUGUGGGUGGCUUAAGGUACGAAUCCCCCAAAGUCAAUGCAGCCGGUAAGGUCUACGGAUGGAAGAUAAUGUUUGACACCCAUCGGGCUUUUGCCAUCGACAUGGCUGGCUUUGCGAUCAACCUGAGGCUCAUCCUCUUCAAGCCAAAGGCAUAUUUUAAGCUUCACUGGGUAAAGGCAGGUUACCAGGAGAGUAGCUUGCUCCAGGAGCUUGUCACACUCAAUGACCUGGAGCCGAAAGCAGCCAAUUGUACGAAGAUACUCGUUUGGCACACGAGAACAGAGAAACCCGUCCUUGUAAACGAGGGAAAAAAGGGAUUCACAGACCCCAAUGUGGAGAUCUGA